AUGAAGGCCCUGGAUGUGUGUUGUUGGUGCCGCUGUCUUUCUGAUCGGCUCUCCCUCUCAUUCCCUCAUUCCCUUCUCAUCCCUUCUCAUCCCCUUCUCAUCCCCUUCUCAUUCCCUUCUCAUCCCUUUUUCAUUCCCUUCUCAUUCCCUGCUCAUUCCCUUCUCAUCCCCUUUUCAUUCCCUUCUCAUCCCGUUUUCAUUCCCUUUUCAUUCCCUUCUCAUCCCCUGCUCAUCCCCUUCUCAUUCUCUUCUCAUCCCCUUCUCAUUCCCUUCUCAUUCCCUUCUCAUUCCUUUCUCAUUCAUUCUCAUUCCCUUCUCAUCCCCUUCUCAUCCCCUUCUCAUCCCCUUCUCAUUCCCUUAUCAUCCCCUUCUCAUUCCCUUCUCAUUCCCUUCUCAUUUCCUUCUCAUUUCCUUCUCAUUCCCUUCUCAUUCCCUUCUCAUCCUUCUCAUUUCCUUCUCAUUCCCUUCUCAUUCCCUUCCAUUCUCAUUCCCUUCACAUUCCCUUCGCAUUCCCUUCUCAUCCCCUUCUCAUCCCCUUCUCAUUCCCUUCUCAUUCCCUUCUCUCCCGCCUCGCGCUCCCCUCUCUUGCCCCUCGCUCAACCAGCGCCCUGGUUCACGAUGCUGGUAGCGGCGUGGGUGCUGUGUGGGCUGGGCGUGGCAGCAUGGCUGUUCUACUCCAACCACUCGCAGUAUGAGGAUUGCCCUACUAAGCUUAACCAGUUUUCUCUCUCGCUCUUCCCGCUCUCGCUUUCCCCAGUAGAUCUCGCCCCACUCACCCCGCCCAGCGCCCUGGUUCACAGUGCUGGUGGCGGCGUGGGUGCUGUGUGGGCUGGGCGUGGCAGCAUGGCCCCUUGGUUCACAGUGCUCGUGGCAGCAUGGGUGCUGUGUGGGCUGGCCGUGGCAGCAUGGCUGCUCUACUGGAAGCACUCGCAGUAUGAGGAUCACAGGGAGGAGGCGCUGGGCGUGUGCGUCCUUGCCUCCUGCAGCAUGGGUGCUGCCCUCGCGCCCUCGUGCUGUCAUGCCUUCAUGCUGCAGCAGCUCGUGCUCACCCAUGUGGGGCACAUGCAGCAGCUCGUGCCCACUCAUGUUGUCAGGCAGACGCAGGCACUCACAGGCAUCAUCUCAGUGAUGGGCAGGCUGGGGCAGAGAGGCAAGUGGGAGCUGGACAGGUGUUUGAACGGCAGCUCAUGGGAGGCAUACCUCACGCGCACCGCCUAUGCUCGCCCCGGGAACACGGGGGCGUCUUCAUGCGUCUUUGUCACGGAUGAGGAGAGGGCUUCAUUUGAGCGACAACACGGUACCAUAAAAGAUAACAACAAGAACGUCAGUGCCCACCGCCCCAUCUACUGCCCCAAGAUCCUCGAUUUCUCCACAGUCGUGGUAUCGAAUGGCUCAUGGCACAUUGAUCUAAUGAAGCGCUUUUCCACGGAGAUUCCACUUGCUGUGGCGGGAAAAUCGCUCUACACCUGGCCGUAUCCCAUGAGUACUCCUACCGACCAUGCAGGAUUCGGCUUGGGUUUUCCUCUUCGGCGCACUGUCUCUCCGACCAAUGCAAGCACGGCAGCUGCAUCGACAGUGUAUGGCACGCUUGCUACAACUGUUGACGUGACUUCCAUCGCACAGAAGGUUCUAGAGGAGCUGUAUGCACCUGACUCGUCAAAAUCGUUCGAGAUGUACGAUGUUACAGACCCGUCGUCUCUCUUCGCCAUCACCUCUCCAGUCCCACCGCACGUCUACUUCCGACCCAACGACCCUCGCCCCAACAUGCUUCCCUCUCCACUGUCCGAAACUCGCCCCUGGGAGGGACCGGCUGUAGUGCCUCUAGAAGAGCUGGGAGCAGGCGUACGCAAGUAUGAGGGUUGGUGCAGGUGA